AUGCCUGAAAAUCCAGCAGCAGAUAAGCAGCAGGUGCUGCAGAUCCUGGAUCGGCUGCAGGCAAAACUGCAGGAGAAGAGGGAUUCCCAACACCAGGAAAACCUGACUGUCCUACGGAACACCCUCAGGAGCCCCUUGUUCAACCAGAUCCUGACUCUCCAGCAAUCCAUCAAACAGCUGAAGGAACAACUCAGUUACAUGCCUCCUGACCGCUCAGUGGAUUUUGAUUUUACCAAGAGGGGGCUGUUGGUGUUUGCUGACAAAUCAGUCACUGCUGGGACACCUUGCACUUCACCUGGACCCAAAGCAUCAGCCUUUACUCCAAAGCUGGGAGUUAAUGAAUUUAACAUGAUCAUCCAGCAAAUGGCAAAGGGAAGACAAAUAGAAUCAAUAACAAUUGAUAAACCUUCCGUUGGAGGUCUUGGAUUUAGUGUGGUUGCCCUUAAAAAUCCCAGCCUGGGAGAAGUUGGUAUCUUUGUCAAGGAAGUCCAGCCAGGAAGCAUAGCUGACAGGGAUCAAAGACUGAGGGAAAAUGACCACAUACUGGCCAUUAAUUGCACGCCAUUGGAUCAGAACAUUUCCCAUCAGCACGCCAUUGCCCUCCUCCAGCAAUCCACAGGAUCCCUGCAUCUGGUGGUGGCUCGGGAGCCACUUCAAGGGAACAGCAGAACUGCCUUAUUAAGUGAUGUAAAUCCACCUGAGACUAUUCACUGGGGCCACAUUGAAGACGUUGAGCUGAUUAACGAUGGUUCAGGAUUAGGCUUUGGAAUUGUAGGAGCAAAGUCGAGCGGAGUAGUUGUAAGAACAAUUGUUCCUGGGGGAUUAGCAGAUCGGGACGGGAGGCUGCAGACAGGAGAUCACAUCCUGCAGAUUGGAGGGACCAACGUGCAAGGAAUGACCAGUGAGCAAGUUGCCCAAGUGCUGAGGAACUGUGGGAAUUCUGUCAGGAUGAUUGUUGCGAGGGACCCCAAGUUUGGAGUCGUGGAGGCUCCACCAGCUCCCCUGAGCUGGCCAGUCAGCACAUUGCCUUCCCUUCAAAAUGGAAAUGAUAAUGACAACUUUUUUGAUACCUAUGACGUUGAACUUAUAAAAAAGAAUGGGCAAAGCCUGGGAAUAACAAUUGUUGGAUAUGCUGGCACAUGUGAUAUAGAACCUUCAGGGAUUUUUGUGAAAAAUAUUAUACCUGGUAGUGCUGCUGACCACAAUGGCCAAAUUCAUGUUCAUGACAAAAUUGUUGCUGUUGAUGGAGUCAACAUACAGAAUUUUACCAACCAAGAAGUGGUGGAGGCUCUGCGGAACACGGGACAGACUGUACGUCUCACCUUGCUUAGAAGGAAGCCUUCCUUUACUGUUUCUUUAGAAACACCUUCAGAUAGAGGAAGAGUCCCACUCCCUCCAGCAUAUGAACUGAAAUCCAAGUGGGAAAACCUGCUGGGACCAGAAUACGAAGUUAUGGUUGUGCAUGUGGAUAUGCCCUUUAAAGAUGAUUCAGAGCUCCAGAAGUACUCAAAGCUGUUACCCAUCCAUACUCUGAGAUUAGGACUUGAGCUGGACACUUUUGAUGGACAUCAUUAUAUAUCAUCCAUUGCUUCAGAUGGCCCACCUGCAAUCCUUGGUAUUCUGCAACUGGAGGAUGAACUGCUGGAGGUAAAUGGGGUGCAGCUGUAUGGGAAAUCCCGGCGUGAGGCUGUCACCUUCCUGAAGGAAGUGCCACCCCCUUUCACCCUGGUGUGCUGCCGCCGGCUCUUCGGGGACAGCGCCGAGUCUCUCGUGGAUGAGCCCCCUGUGGCAGCUGCUCCUCCAGGGCAGAAGGUGAAACCUGAGGAAGACUUUAAUUCUGAGGAGGAAGAAGGGGAAUUGGCAUUAUGGUCUCCUGAUGUGAAGGUUAUUGAACUGGAGAAAGACAAAAAUGGUUUAGGAUUCAGCAUUUUAGACUAUCAGGAUCCCUUGGAUCCAGCAGGAACAGCCAUUGUGAUCAGCUCCUUGGUGGCAGGUGGAGUGGCUGAGCGUGGGGGGCAGAUUUUGCCGGGUGACCGCUUGGUGUUCGUCAAUGAGAAGCACUUGGACAGUGCCACCUUGGCAGAGGCAGUGGAAGUGCUGAAAUCUGUGCCCCCAGGUAGAGUUUCCCUUGGAAUCUGCAAGCCUUUGGUGGGAGAAAGCAGAGAGGAGGAGAACAUGCACGGUGUGGAUACCAGCAGCAUCAAAAGCAGCCCUGGGUCUCCAGAACCAGUAGAUAGCACAAAUUUCUCAGUAAUACUUGAAGCACCACAGGGUUUCAGAGAUGAGGUGCCUUUUAAAGAAGAACUCGUUGAUGAGCCCCAUUUGGACUUGGGAAGGUCAUUCCAGCUUUCCCAGAGGGAUGAUGAGUAUGGGAAGGAGUCCUGGGAGAUGUGUGAAUUUCUGAAACCCAGAGCAGAGGACGUGGAGGAGGAACGGGAAAUGUUGGUGGAUGAGGAGUAUGAGGAGGAUUCAGACUUCCUGAAAUGUGAUGAUGCAUCAGGUGGAGAGAAGGCAGCUUCAGACAGGAGCCUGGAUACAGAAGGAUGGGCAAAGCAACUGGAGACUGCUGAAAUACAAGAUUUAAGAUCCAGUGCUAGCCUAAGUCCCAAAGAGUGCCUGGAAUAUCAAUUCAGUAAAGAUCAAAUGUGUGAAGAGAAUGCUGCUAUAAGGUCACACUUUCCUGGAACCACAGCACACAGCAGCUACCAAAAAGACAUACUUGAUACUGAAACUGCCCAGUCAGAAGUGAAAGCUGAGAUGGAUUUAGGGACAAAGCUUCAGAGUGACUCCAAAGGAUCUGAGCUUGCUGUUCAUUCAGAAGCAAUUGGAAAGGAAGCACUGAAAGAGGAGAAUUACGGUUUUCCCAAGAACCAGGAGUCUGGGAGAGUAACCACCUUAGCUCAGCCUAGAACAGCAUCAGGCAGUGAAUUACCUGAGAGAGAAGAAGGAGAAGGAGAAGAAACUCCAAACUUCAGCCACUGGGGACCACCACGGACUGUUGAGAUCUUCAGAGACUCUCACGUGUCUCUUGGAAUCAGCAUUGUUGGUGGACAAACUGUCAUAAAGCGCCUGAAGAAUGGAGAAGAACUUAAAGGGAUCUUUAUCAAACAAGUUUUGGAAGACAGCCCAGCAGGAAGAACAAGGGCUUUAAAAACUGGAGAUAAAAUACUUGAGGUUUCUGGGGUAGACCUACAGAAUGCCACCCACGAGGAAGCAGUAGAAGCCAUCAAGAAUGCAGGAAAUCCUGUGGUGUUUGUAGUCCAGGGCUUGGCUAAUGUACCAAAAGUGGUUUCUCCUGCCCAGCCUAAGGGAAGCAGAGUCAGCAAAGAUCAGGAUGCAGAAAAAGAAAAUAAGAGUGAUAAGAGAAAAUAUGGGGCUCCACCUCCCAUGAAGCUGCCACCUCCUUACAGAGCACUCGAAAGUCAUCACGCAGAGGAGGCUGCUGUGGAUGAAGAGGAGGAUGAGGAUGCUUGUGCAGAGGAAAAAAUCAGGCAGAGAUAUGCAGAUCUCCCGGGAGAAUUGCACAUUAUUGAGCUGGAGAAAGACAAGAAUGGGCUGGGGCUCAGCCUGGCUGGCAACAAGGACCGUUCCAGGAUGAGCAUCUUCGUGGUUGGGAUCAACCCCGAAGGCCCCGCGGGACGGGACGGGAGGAUGCACAUUGGGGAUGAACUCCUGGAGAUAAACAAUCAGAUAUUGUAUGGAAGAAGCCACCAGAAUGCUUCUGCAGUCAUUAAAACUGCCCCAUCAAAGGUCAAGCUGGUUUUCAUACGAAGUGAGGAUGCAGUGAACCAGAUGGCUGUCACUCCCUUCCCACUGCCUUCAGGCUCCCACUCUGCUACUGAGGACCACGGUGGCACAGAACCUGCAAGUGGUGAGGAGGACCCAAGUUUGGAAGUUGUCAUGAAAAGCCUGACUGAUGAGGAGUCUAACAAAGCUGAUGUGAAAUGUAGAGACACUGACACACCAGUGGUGGCAGAUCAGCAGGAGCCAGAGGAGCAGCUCCCAGAAAAUGUCCUCAGCCAGAUCAAACAGCCCAAAUCUUCCAUGAAAGCCCUUGUGAGCUCCCAGGAUUUACCCCGGGAGCCUGCACCUCCUUACCUUUCUCCAGAAGCAGAAGUCACCAGCCAUGGUGUCUUCCCAGCUCCACUGCCUGUGGAUCCAGCAACCUGUCCCAUAGUUCCAGGGCUGGAGAUGACCAUAGAGAUCUCCAAGGGUCGCUCAGGCCUCGGGCUCAGCAUCGUCGGGGGCAAAGACACUCCACUGGAUGCCAUAGUGAUCCAUGAAGUUUAUGAAGAAGGGGCAGCAGCCCGAGAUGGCAGACUCUGGGCUGGUGACCAGAUUCUAGAGGUGAACGGGAUCGAUCUGCGGAACGCCAGCCACGAGGAAGCCAUCACUGCGCUCCGACAGACACCCCAGAAGGUGCAGCUGGUGGUUUACAGGAAUGAGGCACAUUACAAGGAUGAGGAGAACUUGGAGAUUUUCUCUGUAGAUAUCCAAAAGAAAAUGGGCCGAGGACUGGGGCUCAGCAUAGCUGGGAAACGAAAUGGAAGUGGAGUGUUUAUCUCUGACAUUGUUAAAGGAGGAGCUGCAGACCUAGAUGGAAGAUUAAUUCAAGGAGAUCAGAUUUUGUCUGUAAAUGGAGAGGAUAUGAGAAAUGCCUCACAAGAGACUGUUGCCACUAUACUUAAGUGUGCUCAAGGCCUGGUGCAUCUUGAGCUUGGGAGAUUGCGAGCUGGGUCAUGGCUGUCAUCACGGAAAACAUCCCAAAACAGUCAGGCAAGCCAACAGAGUGUCCCCAGCCACUUCCACCCUGCUCUUGCUCCCGUCCUCUCCACCUUGCAGAACUUUGUCAGCACAAAAAGAUCCUCAGCAGACACAUCCCAGAGAAACUCAGCAGGAGCCGAUAUGGGCCCAAGGACUGUGGAGAUAACAAGGGGCCCAAAUGAUGCACUGGGUGUGAGCAUAGCAGGAGGGAAGGGCAGUCCCUUGGGAGACAUUCCCAUCUUCAUCGCUAUGAUCCAGGCCAGCGGAGUGGCUGCUCGGACACAAAGGCUCAGAGUUGGAGAUCGGAUUGUCAGUAUUAAUGGGCAACCUUUGGAUGGGCUGUCUCAUGCAGAUGCAGUUAAUCUACUAAAGAAUGCUUAUGGGAGCAUUAUCCUGCAGGUGGUGGCUGACACCAACAUCAGUGCCAUUGCCAGCCAGCUGGAGAGUAUGUCCACGGGCUGCAGCCUGAACCUGCCCUCCGAGCAUCCCACCGAGGAUCCCGAAGCACCUCAACCUAAGAUUAUUACUUUGGAGAAAGGCUCUGAUGGACUGGGAUUUAGUAUUGUAGGGGGGUAUGGAAGUCCCCAUGGAGACCUGCCCAUUUAUGUCAAGACUAUAUUUGCCAAGGGCGCAGCAGCCGACGACGGACGGCUGAAACGCGGGGACCAGCUCGUGGCUGUCAACGGGGAAGCGCUGGAAGGAGUCACCCACGAGCAGGCUGUGGCCAUCCUGAAACGCCAGAGGGGCACGGUGACCCUGACAGUGCUGUCCUGA